AUGUUUCCAAAUUUUACAAACAUAUUACAAAUAGAUGACCACACCUUUAGUGCUGUUGUUUUUGCACUUGAACCGGAUUACUGUCAAAAAAUUGUUAUAGAGCAUUGUUGUGUAACUACUCAAGACGAGUGUUCUUUAUGUUUUUUCAAUUCAGACAAAAUGAAUAACUCUGAUGAUGAGAUCUUCUACAUCACAAAGACAUCAAAAGGGUGUGAUAUAGUUAUUGAGGGACACUCAAAGGCUAUACCUCAAGUCAAAGAAUACUUCACAUACUUUUAUUGUAUCCACAACAAACUCCUCACCAAUAUAUACAACCAUAUGUCUGGGGAUAAAGAGGCUGAAAAUAUUUUGAAUAUGGAGAAGCAGUUAUAUGUGUCUAUGUAUUACAUUCCCACCUUCCCUAUUUUGUAUCAGAAGAACUCAAAGUUCGACGUAUACGUGAAUUGUGAUUUCAGUGAAGUUGUAGUAAGAGGUUCCAAUAAGAUACGAGAUAAAGCAUCGGUCUUAGUGAAUUCCCUUCAUAAUCGAGUCAAUAGUGGAAUAUUUUUCCAGGAAGUACAAUUAUUAAAAAAGGGAAGAAACUACUAUAUUUUCAUGCUCCAUUCACAUAACAUCUUCUUUGUUGUCUUAUGUGCCGAGAAAUUUUCUUUUGUGAAUGAUGAAAUUCAGUCGUACUUUUAUUAUCACUAUUUCACACCAGCUUUCGUCGGGAUGGAGGAGAACAAACGAAAUAGAUGCAUGACCAAUUUAAUAACUGAAAAACUGAUAACAAGAUACUCAAUAUAUUAUAAUGUACCUUUGUAUGUACCACCAUGUUUUGAUGAUACAUUGUUGAGUACCCAGACACUCCUUGCACUUUCAGUGAAGCUUCAGAGUACUAUUAAAUUACAUAAAGGCUAA